UUUUUCUCCCCGUUCUACCGUGCUGUUGAGUGCAUUGCACCGUGAUUGAAAGCGCGUGGGGAAACCACAAGAAUUAAGCUGCCAUGUCCAAAAUUGGACGAUUUGCACGAAGGCCAUUGGCUCCUCAAAAGACCAGCGUCGCAGACAGCGGGACACAUAGCGCUCCAGUAUUUACUCCACUCGCAGUGAGCGAGCCCGCGGGUGGUAGUUGUAUGUUUUCGAAGUAGAUGACACAGAUUGUAGUGUUGGUGUGAGCGUGUGAGAGCUCAACGAUGGCGGAGAGUGCGAUAAUGCUGUUGGCGGCCACCAUGAUCAUGAUAUGGUGGGCGACGCCAUCACAAGCCAUAUGGUUGAGCCUUCCAAGCUCUGGAACCAAGUGCGUCUCUGAAGAAAUCCACAACAACGUCGUCGUUUUGCUCGAUUACUCUCUUGUCCUAGGCGGAGACGACGACCCCAGCCAUCCCACCACCAUCUCCGUUAGGGUAUCAUCCCCAUAUGGGCAAAAUCUUUACUAUCAAGAGAAAGUGACCAAAGGUCAAUCUGCAUUUACAACUAGUGAGAGCGGCGCCCAUGUAGCCUGUUUUUGGCUGGAUGGAAAUCAUGAGGAAGGGGCAGGUAGAACUAUUGACAUUGACUGGAAAAUUGGAAUUACUGCAAAGGAUUGGGACUCAGUUGCUAAAAAAGAGAAAAUUGAGGGUGUUGAAUUUGAGCUGAGGAAACUUGAAGGAAUAGUGAAUGCCAUCCAUGAGAAUAUAAUCUUUCUCAAGGAGAGGGAAGCAAAGAUGAGGGAAGUCAGCGAAACAACGAACUCCAGAGUAGCAUGGUUCAGUCUCAUGUCUCUUGGUGUCUGCAUUGUGGUUGCAGCUUUGCAGUUAUGGCACUUGCAGCACUUCUUCAGAAAGAAGAAGCUUAUUUAGGUUUUGGAAGUUCCGGAGAAAAGUAGAAUCCUCUUUUUGUCUUUGUAAGGUAAUAGUUUGUAUUUUAUUUUUCUUGGGGCUUUGGAGGUUGAUGAUAUCUUCCGUAAUAGAUGGACAAAAUUUCAGAUUUCCAACACAUUUGGAAGUAGGGAGAGAUGAUUUCUUCUAUCAUAGAUGGACAAAAUUUCAGAUUUCCUACACAUCUUUGGAGUUGGGGAGAACCAUUAUCAUUUACUUCAUUGCUGGAGCAUCUGCUGUAAGACCUAUUUUGAAUUAUUCAAUGACACAAGGGGUCUGAUUCCCGAUUACAGAAUGUAUAGAAAGCAGUUCGUGUGUA